AUGGUGCCUGCAAUUCAUAAGUUUCAUUUUGACAAAAAAGUCAUUCUGUUUGGCGAAGGAGGAUUCAAAUUUGCAGCUGCAUACGCACUUCGAAACCCGACACACCAUUUGGUUGCCACCACUUUGGAGAGCGCCGAUGACGUCUUCUGCAGAGAUCCGCUCGCCAGGAAGCGCGUCGCCGCUCUCCGCGACGUCGGUCACGAAGUUCACUUUGACACAGAUUAUCGCAGAUAUUCAAUGGAGAUAGAGAAAUCCAGACGGCCGCCGAUGUUUACCAAGUUGGGUGGGAAAACUUCCCUCGAAUGGGACUUUGGCAAACUUCCCUUGGGUGGAAACGUGAAUCUUGGGCGCGCCGUCCCGCCACGGAUUUAUUGCUGCGGACUAAUGACAAGAGGGGGUUGCACGAAUUUGACAUCGUCAUCUUCAAUUUUCCCUACGUCAAAGAAGACCCACGUCCAGAGUGGAAGCCUGCAGGAACGCUACCCACGUCAUGUAAGAGCGCAGCACUCAUCGUCGACUUCCUAG